GGUCCUGACUGACGUCACUUCCUUUAGUCAACCGGAGAAAUGCCUGUCUGCAGAGGAAGAGUCAACGGGCCACGUUUUUAACAAGGGUAUGUUGUUAGUUUCUGGACUCUGUUACGGUCAAAGUGACGUUAAGAAAUCCGUAGUUGAGUUUCCUAUCCGCUAACGGCUGUAAAGUUAUCGUAAGAGAGAGUAACUGAUUGUUCGGUAAGUUCAGUUGGAGCAGCUCGUGCUCGUGCCCCGCCAAAAGAGGUCCGCGAGGAAGUGACCAUUUUGAAGCUUGGAUCACAGUAAAUCUAAGGAAGGAGCAUGAGUGGGGGAUUCAGCUUCGGACAGUCCACUACGGGCUUCACCUUCGGGGCUCCGAAGACCACCGCCUCUGCCCCGGGAACCGGCUUUGGGAUGGCGGCCUCCACACCUGCAGCCCCAGGUGGAGGGUUCUCCUUCGGAGCUUCCGCCCAGCCCAGCACCAACGCCGGCACCAACCCCAACCCAGGUGGUGCUUUCAGCUUUGGCACCCCAGCAAAGAGCACUGCAGCCGGCGGAGGCUUCUCUUUCGGGACCCCCGCCGCCACAGCAUUUGGCCUGGGUGCAGCUCCUCAGACCACAGCAGCAGCAGCAGCACCACCAGCAGCAGCAACAGGACUGACUCUGGGCUCCACGGCAGCUCCAGCUGCGGGGUCAGGUUUCACCCUGGGUGGAGGUAUGUCCGCGCAGACCACCGCUGCUGCCCCUGCGGGAGGGGGUUUCAGCUUUGGAGCAGCCCCUCAAGUUCAGCAACAACCUGGAGCCCAAGCAGCAGCAGCAGCAGCACCACCAGCAGCAGCACCAGCUGCUGGGGCUGGUGGCGGCGGCGGCGGCGGCCUCUCCUUUGGUGGGUUCAGUUUUGGAGGUACCAAGGUCCAGGUGACCACAGCUGCAGCCACAACCGCUCCCUCAGGAGGAGGCUUCAGCUUUGGCGGCGCUGCUCCUGUCAGCCUUUCCCAGCCACAGCCAGCCUCCACUGCUCCAUCCACAACGGGCCAGGGAGGAGGCGGAGGCGGAGGAGGAUUCGCCUUUGGGAUUAAGCCAUCCUCAACCCCAGCUCCUCCUGCAUCCGUCCAGGCAGCCCCACCUUCAGGCCCGACUCUCUUUGCUUCACCCAUCACCACGUCCUCUGCUCCUGCCUCAGCAGCACCUACAGGCUUUACGCUGGGCUCCACCCUGGGCUCCACCUUGGGGUCCACCUUGGGCUCCACCCUGGGCUCCACCCUGGGGUCCACUCUGGGUGCUGCUCCAGCUUCAGUAGCAAGCACUACUGCUGCCCCAACAACAACAGCAGCAGCAGCAGCAGCAGCAGGUGGAGGUCUGGCUUUUAUGCUGAAACCUCUGGGCUCAGUUCCCGCCACCUCCACCCCUGCUUCCACCGCCGCCGCAGCCGCAGCAGCAGCAGCAGCCGCCGCCACCACAGGUGCUGCCACAGGUGUGGCUACGGGCUUUGCACUGGGACUCAAACCUGCAUCCAGCGUAAGUGCAACGACAGCAGCUACAGCGACAACGCUCGCCACCACCACAGCUCCUCCGGUGAUGACCUACGCACAGCUGGAGGGCCUCAUCAACAAGUGGAGCCUCGAGCUGGAGGACCAGGAGAGACAUUUCUUACAACAGGCAACUCAGGUGAACGCCUGGGACCGCAUGCUGGUGGAGAACGGGGAGAAGAUCACGUCCCUGCAUAAGGAGAUGGAGAAGGUGAAGCUGGACCAGAGGAGGCUUAACCAGGAGCUGGACUUCAUCCUGUCCCAGCAGAAGGAGCUGGAGGACUUGCUCUGCCCGUUGGAGGAGUCGGUGAAAGAGCAAAGCGGAACCAUCUACAUGCAGAACGCCGACGAGGAGCGAGAGAGAACGUACAAGCUCGCAGAGAACGUGGACGCGCAGCUGAAGAGGAUGUCGCAGGACCUGAAGGAGAUCAUCGAGCACCUGAACACGUCCAGCGGUCCGGCAGACACCAGUGAUCCGCUUCAGCAGAUCUGCAAGAUCCUCAACGCCCACAUGGAUUCGCUCCAGUGGAUCGAUCAGAACUCUGUCCUCCUGCAGAGGAGAGUGGAGGAAGUGUCCAAACUGUGCGACACCCAACGCAAGGAGCAGGAGAAAACCUUCCGUUUGACAUUUGACUGAAUAAACACGUCGGCCUGUACGUCGUUACAAUGCUACUUAUGGGAUGUUUUCAUUCAGCGUCCACGAACCGAUGUCUCUGUCAAGAGGCUUCAGAUCUGCAUUUACCAUAAUUCCUAUUAUCCUGUUUUUCCUUGGGUUGUUUUGAGCUGCACAAAUAGUGAUAUUUUCAAUUAAAUGGCCAUUAUAUCGAGUAGUGGACAUGAUAAGUUCAGCUGUAUAUUGUUAUGCUUCCUCUGAAUAGAAUGAUUAAAGAAAUGUUUGGAAUAAGA